AUGGCAGAAGGUGAGUCUAUUAUGGCUCACAUCAGUGAAUUUGUCACUCUCUUUAAUGGCCUAAAGAAUGUCAAGGCCAACAUUGAUGAUAAAGAUCAGGUUAUGUUACUACUUCGUUCUUUGCCCCAUUCAUACAAAACUGUCAAGGAAACCCUGAUUUAUGGCAGAAAGAGACUCUUGUUCGAGGACGUGAAGGGAAAUCUUUUAAGUAAGGAUAAGCUCGACAAAGAGUUAGGCUCGAAGAAUAAGCCAGAUGGACAAGCCUUCGUUCUAGUUGUUAGAGGAAGACAACAAUCUAAGGAUUCGGGUCAGAGAAGAUCAAGGGUGAGAUCGAAGUCAAGGAACCGUGACAAGCAGUAUGGCUAUUGCAAAAAGAUGGGCCAUAUCGAGGCAGAAUGUUGCAUGCUUCAGAACAAAAAUAAGAGGGCCGCCAAAAACGAUGGGAGGGGGAAGUAG